CUGCCAAACGACCACCUCCACUCGUUCCUCCUUGGCAACACACUCAACCACCCAGGCUGUCGGCACGCGGUCCGCCUCCCAACAGCAUACUUAAGCGCUGCUCUGCGCUGCUCGAAGCGAGACACCUACCCAGACACAGACACCUCUCACCAUGCCGCUCCUCCUCCACGGCUCGUGCCAUUGCCGCAAGAUCAAGUACACUGUCGAGUCCAACACGCCAGUGCCGUACCAGAUCUGCCAGUGCUCCAUCUGCCGCAAGGUCGGCGGAUACAUGGGCGUGUCCAACAUCAUGGGCAACAACGCGACGCUCAACAUCAUCCGUGGCAAGGAGCUGCUCAAGGACUAUUACGCGCCUGUCGAGUUUGACGAGAACGACGAGCCAAAGGUCCAGGGCAACUCGAAGCGCUCGUUCUGCAGCAACUGCUCGACCAUGAUGUGGAACUGGCAUGAGGAGUGGCCGCAGUGGAUCUACCCCUUCGCCUCGACCAUCGACAGCCCAGACCUCCCCGCCCCGCCCAAGGGCGUGCCCGGCAUCGCGCUCAUGCGCAAGUACUGCCCCGAGUACGUGCCCAUCCCGGGCGCCGACAAGAUGUGGGAGAAAUGGGAGAGGUACGAGCUCUACCCGCCCGGCGAGGGCAUCGAGGCGUGGCACAAGGAGAAUGGCUGCUGGAUUGAUUAGCGGGGGCGGGGGCAGGGUUGAUGAGCUCCAGGGUUGAUGUCGGUUUGGAGACAAGAACGGAGGAGCACUGUUGAUGGAGUAGUGGCCUGCGCCAGGGUUGAAGGCGUGUGUGAUGCACAAAUGGAAUAUCG